UCUCCCCACAUGCACGUGCGCGUGCGCAGUCCGGCGCGGCCUUUCCUUCCCUCGCCCGGCGCCGAGCAACAUGGGCCACCAGCAGCUCUACUGGAGCCACCCGAGGAACCGCGUGUGCUCCAACCGCCACGGCCUGAUCCGAAAGUACGGGCUCAACAUGUGCCGCCAGUGCUUCCGCCAGUACGCCAAGGACAUCGGCUUCAUCAAGCUGGAUUAAACAUCUGUCCACCCGCAGAGAUGGCCUGAAGGCGACGGCAAACGUGGAAGCUGCUUCCGCCACAUGACACCCUCUUGCCACGCAGAAGAUGCUUUUGUGUACAGAAAAAUAAAAAAUAGGGACUUGUCGGCCCACAUUCUCAAA